AUGUCGUCGGAGUCGCCGCAGGUUGAUAUGGCACCACCCCAGCCUGAUUCUGGCGAGCAGAAUGCCACUCCGGACGCUGAUACCGCGAAGAGGAAAGCGGAACCCGCCAACGGAACUCAUACUCGUUCCAAGCGGAAUCGCUACAUCUCCAUUGCGUGGUAUGAUUCGGCUCGCUGCCAUCCACCCAUGUUGACCCUCUCCCAUCACUGGCUUAGCACGCUUCCUCUUAUCUUAACGAAUGCAAAAGGCGGAAGAUCAAAUGCAAUGGCCAGGUACCCUGUCAACGCUGUGGACACCUUAACCUCGAAUGUCGAUAUGCCCCAAACUGCUGCAAUAAUAACUUCAAAGACUCCGAGGGAAUUUCGGUCGAUGACAGACCAGAUAAAGACAUUACAGGAACAGGUAAAUAGUCUUUUUACCAAUCUGAAGGAUCUUCGGUCGCAAAGGUCGUCCAUAGACUCCCCAAAUUUUGACGCUUUCUCUCGUGAUGGCUCGCAAUCGGUGUUCACUCCUAUGCAUGCCCCGUUGGGCAAACCACGCAUAAGACAUCCCCGAUUCCAGGGGCCAACCAGCUCAGCUUUUAACUUCGACGUUGCAAGGUCUAGUCUACAGAACAUGGGCAUCGCCCCGCCCGAGGAAGUGAUACCAGACGAUUUGACCACGGCCCAGGUCACCCCGGCUGGCUCCCCUCCCCAUGUGGGCCCGUCGUUUCUCACAAUGCAUCCCACCAAGGAUCCCAUAUGGUCCAUCAAGCGAGAAGAAGCUUUGCGUCUGUGUCGUGUCUAUGAAGAGGAGAUUGGUAUCAUGUAUCCCCUGGUUGAUAUAGACCAGAUCGCUCAGCAAGUGAACUUGCUAUACACGUUCAUGGAAUCUGCGAUACGCACGGGGUUUGCGCAACGGGGCUUGCCUGGUGCUGAUGGUCUUACUGAUGACAACACGGUUCUUUUGAAGAUGAUACUUGCUAUAACACUGGUCGUGGAGGGGGGCGGCCAAAGCGAGCUCGGACAGCGGCUGUAUCUGAGCGUAAAGCCAAUAGCUGAAUCCAAACUCUGGGAUACGCUCGACAUCAGGACAAUCCAGUUAUAUGGCAUGAUUGCAACUUUCCAUUUUCACAUGGACGAUGAUGCCAUGGCUUAUCGCAUCAUCGGCCUGGCCGCACGCAUGUGUCUUGAGAUGGGUCUGCAUCGGCGCGAUGCCCUGAACAAGAUGUUUCCGGAUGAAGACCAAUGGCCUGCCGUGGUGAAGACUUUCUGGACAGUCUAUAGUCUGGACCGACGAUGGAGUCUCGGGACAGGGCUGCCUUUCAACAUCCAGGAUGAAGACAUCGACCCUAACCUCCCUGAGCCGGAUGCUUCAUUGCCGUAUCUGAAAUCAAUGAUAUCAUACAAUCGCAUUAGCUCGAAGAUCUGGUAUUCGGGGCUUGGCUCUGAGGGUACAACGGACAUACGUCGGGAUGAGAUAGGCUAUCUGGAUUACCAGAUCCUGCAGUGGUACAAACAGGUCCCAGAUGCCCUGAAAUUUUAUCCAAUCGAGUCUCCAAAGAAUGGUCAUGUGGAUUCGGCCAACCGGGGCCUGAGGCGAUUAAGGGUCCUACUGUAUCUCCGCAUGAAUCAGCUCCGAAUCCUCAUCUACCGCCCCGUCCUCCACUCUGCAGCAAGUAUUGCCGAGGAUAAGGGUCAUGCUCAAACGGUGGUGGAUGUUGCAAAAGAUACCAUCCGCGUGCUCACUCGACUCAAUCAGACAUCCGACAUAUACCGCAGCCAACAGAUCACCUUCAACUAUUUCCUCGUGGCUGCUCUGGCAGUCCUCUUCCUUGCUGUCUGCCAUGCACCGGCAGACUUCAACCGACAAGUACGGGAUGAGUUCUACAUGGCACUGAACUUGAUCAGCGGGUUCAGUACGAAGUCCUACGUCUCGAAGCGUCUCUGGAAGGCAAUCAAAGGACUUCGAAAGAUCGGGGAACGACUGGGAGUGCUUGUGCGGCCUUUCGGGUCGGAUUCAAAUGACCCUCAUUCCAGUGCAGCAGUGGCCAUGGCCGGAUUAGCAGGGCACCAAAUUGAAGACUUGUCGGUGUAUGGCCCGAUGAAUGGGAUCGGCGAGCUUGGCAACAGUCCUCUCAACGGGCUGCAGAUGAGCCAUGAGCUUACGAAUCUAUUUGAGGCAGUAGGCGGGUUUGGGAACUUUAUGGCUUCUGGGACACCGGCCGAGGGGAUCAAUGGGUUUGUAGGUCAUGAUGGGGAGAUCCAGAACACGGGGGAGGGGCUCUCGGGAGUGCUUGGAGAUGAAGGCGAAUGGUCACGGGUGAUCCGGGAUUUGUUCUAG